AUGAAGUUUCUCUACCAUGGCCGCGAGGACGUGACAGGCUAUACGAGGGAACUAAUUCUUGAGACGAUCACAGAGGAAUGCGAGUUGAAGGAGGCCGAGGGGUACAAUGUCGUGCCUCAUCAAGUCAUUGAGGUUGCUCCUGCUGAGGAUGACGACGACUUGGAUCUCUUUGGUGAAGAGACAGAGGAGGACCAGAAGGCUGCAGAAGAGAGGGAGGCAGCCAAAAAGUUUCAAUAUCUUGGCUUGUGUGUGUAUCUGGUUCCUGUUAUAGGUGGAAAGUCAUCUGUCCUCUUGGAUGUGAAACCUUGGGACGAUGAGACAGACAUGAAGAAGCUGGAAGAGGCUGUUAGGAGUGUGGAGAUGCCUGGGCUCUUCUGGGGAGCUUCGAAACUGGUUCCAGUGGGUUACGAUAAGAAGUUGUAGAUCAUGAUGACCAUUGUGGAUGACCUUGUCUCAGUGGACACCCUCAUCAAGGAGCAUCUUCAAGAUGAGCCUAUCAAUGAAUACGUUCAGAGUUGUGACAUUGUCGCCUUCAACAAAAUCUAAGAACAGUGCUUCUGAAGUGUUGUGGUGGAAUGGCCUUUUUGUCGUGAUAAUGUAGUUUUACUUACUAGCAUUCCAUUGCUGUUCUUUAAGCUUUCUUCUGGACAUCUACUUUCAGCAAGGUGAAAGAUGAUACGCCUGCUCUUGAAUUGGAUGUUCUACACUUGUGUGU